AUGGCAGCACAAAAUUCUCAAGGUAUCCAAAAAUUAUUGGAAGCUGAAAAAGAAGCUUCAAUGAUUGUUGAGAAAGCACGUCAAUAUCGUGUUGAUCGUUUAAAAGCUGCUAGAACUGAAGCAGCAAAAGAGAUUGAAGCCUUGAAAGAACAAAAAAAUCUAGAAUUUAAAGCAUUUGAAGCAGAGUUAGACGCAGAGACAGAAAUUAAAUUAGAAUCAAUCCAAAUGGCAUUUAAAGAUAAUAAGGAUUCUGUUAUAGAUAAAUUAUUAUCUACCAUUACAACUGUUCAACCAAAAGUUCAUAUGAAUUUCAAAAUUAAUGAAGAUUAA